AUGAACAAAGAGAAAUCUAAAAAUCAAUUUGCACCUCCUUUGUUUCUAAUCAAUUUUGCUAAAAACUAUAAAGUAUGUAAAUUUGGAACUCUUUUUUAGGAAUUAUAAAUUCGAUUAUAAAAUGCCAAUUAAUAUCAAAUGAGAUUAGAUGAACUUAUUAAUUGUGGGGCACAAGAAAAAUUAAAUUUAUAUGAUUCCUUAUUAGAUCAAUAUUCUAAAUCUGUAGAAAGUGUAUAAAAAUAUAGAUAACUCCUAAUCAAAGACAUUCUUGACAAACUCAAAGAAUUAGAUAAAAUUCAUUCAAAAAGUAUUAUUGAUUUGAAGUAUCUUUCAUAAAGAGUCUAAGAAUUAAAAAAUAAAAAAGAUAGAAGAAUGUAAAAUGAAUACUACAAUGAAUGA